AAUGAUUGGUUUUUUUUUUUUUUGUUGUUGUUUUCUUUUAAAGAAUGAAAUAAUUUGCCAGACCCUUUAGUGAACAAUUUUAAAGAUAAAUAUAACACAUAAAAUGCACCCAAUACACUCUGUAAGGUGGUUGGCAUUAUGAAAGGCAUCCGGCCAUAGAAACCAUGUCACAAGAGACAAUGAAGCCUAGUGUGGUUCCAGGCCUUGCUAGCUCCUGACAAAACAUCCAACCCAUGCCGGUAACGGAAAAUAAACAUUAACUGAUGAUGAAUCAGUAAUAUUCAGAUGGAUGUGGAGGUGCAAUGACCCAGUGGUUAGGGCAGUGGACUCGCGGUCGUGGGAUCACGGUUUCAAUUCCCAGACUAGGCGUUGCGUGUGUUUAUUAAACAAAAACUCCAUGAGGCUCUGGCAGGGGGUGGUGGUGGUGACCCCUGCUGUACUCUUUCACCACAACUUUCUCUCACUCUUUCUUCCUGUUUCUGUUGUACCUGUAUUUCAGAGGACCUGUGUCACGCUGAAUCUCUCCAAGAACUACGCUAAGGGUGCACGUGUCUAUGGAGUGCUCAGCCACUUACACGUUAAUUUCAUGAGCAGGCUGUUCCAUUGAUCGAAUCAAAUGGAACCCUCGUUGUCAUAACCGAUGGAGUGCCAUGAUUCAGAUGGAUACAUUAAAUAAGGUGUCACUGCCGAUGUUGGAGAACGGAUGAUAGAAGCAUGCAACGGAGAUCUCCAAAUGGCUGUGGAAAUGCACAUGGAUGGAAACACUAGCAUUAUGCUUCCCAAUUCCGAAAAGGGAAGUACAAGUACAAAAUCAAGUAUUUCAAAUAACACUGAUGAUGUUCGAGCACCAAUUCCUCAAAAGAGAGAAAUUCUUGUUGAAGAUGCACCUGUGUUUGUCCAGAAGAUGAUGAAUGCCGACUCCAUAGGCUUUCGGGGAAGAAGACCAGCAAAGUCUGUUUUUGAUGGCUUCCGAGAUUUCCAGGCAGAGGCACGUCAGCAGGAGGAGAUGCUACAUCGUAGUUCCACAAUAACAUCAAAACACCAAACAUUGGAAGAUCUGUUUCGGCCGCCUAUUGAUCUCAUAUUUAAGGGAACUUUUGCCAGUGCCCGGGAAGAAGGAACCAACCAAAACAGAUGGUUGAUGGUUAACAUUCAAAAUGUUCAGGAAUUUGCUUGCCAAACUCUCAACCGAGAUGUCUGGAGUAACAGUGCUGUUCGAAAUAUUGUGAAGGAGCAUUUCAUAUUGUGGCAGGUAUAUCAUGACAGUGAAGAGGGUCGUAAAUAUAUGCAAUUUUAUAAAGUGAAUAUUUGGCCAUACAUUGCCAUUCUUGAUCCUCAAACAGGUGAAAAAUUAGUGGAAUGGAACAAGUUGGAUCAUAGCAAAUUCUGUGAAUAUGCAGCUGAAUUUUUAUCCCUCCACCCAUCCUUAGAUGGCAGUGUCAGCCCUCCACAUAAGUCUUCAAAACAGGAAAUGAGUAUUGUGGAUGCAAGCGAAGAUGCUCAAAUGCAAGCAGCAAUCAAAGCAUCUCUGGAACAAGAUGCACAUUCUUCGGAAUCUGAGGGUUCAGAGUCAGAAUACGACAUUGAUUUGGAGACCUUUACUGGCUCAGAAGAGGAGAGCGUACCAUCUCCAGUCAAACGGAUUAAAACAUCUGAAAGAAAGUCGCAUGGCAGCUCAAACUUGCUUUCUAAAUUAGAAAAAGUAUCCGAAUCUAAGAACAAAUCAAAACGUGUGCCGUGUACUCAGUCUUCGAGCUCCAGUGCCACAGUUUAUAAGAGUUUAACUACUUUGAAAUCACCCAUCUUUUCAUCUUCACAAACCACUGAAUUACCAUGUUCCAGUAAACAGUCAACAGCCACAACAACGGCAUCAACAACAGCAUCAAGCAAACAAGAUGGCACAGCCAGUAGUAGUAGUUGGAAGGCAUAUCUAGGUUCUAAAGAUGAUCCUGUCACAAAUCUAAUGAUUAGGUUUCCUGAUGGCAACAAACAACAGUUAUCACUUCCUUGUACGUCACCAUUGUUGGCUCUUGAAGAAUACGUAAAAGAGAAAGGAUAUUCAAAUGAAAAAUAUGAACUAAUUACUAACUUCCCUCGUAGAAAAUUAUCAACUUACGACAGAAAUCUUUCUCUGAAAGAUGCUGGUCUUUUCCCUCAAGAUACUGUUUUUGUCCAAGAGAGAUGAUCUUCAGCUGAUGAUUGGAAACCCAAACCACACACAACUUGCAUUGACAAUGUCAAAGCAAAUCACAUGAUUGUCCCUGGGUGGCUUUAAACUGAACACUUUUAGUAGUAACAUGGCACACCUGGGACAAGUUAAUGAAAUAUGAAGACAACAUUUCAUUCUAAAAGAAAGAGAAAUGAAGAUUUUAAAAAAAUAAAAUCCAUUUCCCUGUUUUUCAAAGAAAUCUGGUCAGUUACAUUGAUUUGGGAGGGGGGGUUUCAAAUAACAUGACCAAUUUUUUUUUUUUUAACAAUGGUAAAAUCUUUCUUCCAAGUUGUCUUAAAAAUUUAACUUUGUGCUGCCGGGCCCAAGUUCUACCUAAACGAAAGUUUAUCUUUUAUGGUCCUGUUGUUGAAGCAGCAAGACCAUAAAACAAUAAAUAUACUUUGUGUUCAUUCGGUAAUUUAAAGAUUACUUGAAGCUAAAAUGGGAGAGAAAGUGAGCUUUAGAAAGUAAAAUUAUUAAAAAAAAAAUAUCUGAAAGCAAAGAGCCGAACAAACAAAAUGUGCAAAUUUAUUGUUGGGAUCAAUUACUAUUUCUUGCAACAAAAAUUGCCAAUAAGUUAGCUUUUCAAUUUAAAGUAAAAAAAGAAAUCAGUCAAUUCUGUGCUGACUGAAAGCCUUCACUCACUCCUGGACAGCAUUCAGUGCUAAUGUAGCAGAAUAUAAAACAAUGAAGCUGAUGGACUUCAUCUGCUGCCUUAGAUACCUUUAAACACUGCCUUGAUGUCAUCGUCUGUUGUUGAUUGAUAACAACUGCAGCAGUAUUUUCUAUAUCAGAAAGACGGACAAAAUAAAGAUGAGGUGCUGAGUCAGAUUGUAACAAAUAAAAUCAAAUUUUUAGAAAUUUU